UUGUCACAUGCAACGACCUAAAUUCAUAUUUGCUGCUGUUGGUUGCUUUAUGUCUGUCAACGUAAUGGGAACGUGAUCCAUCCAUCAUUUAUUACCAAUAUACGUUUUAUUUGACCUUAUUAACGAGAACAGAACUGUCAGAAACGUUUGCCUACAUCAUUUGUGUAAAACGGCGGAAUAAAACACAACCGUUAAGUGAUCGCUCCCGUUUUUUUUAGGUGACCUAAAUAACGGGAUACUGUUUUUAUGCACUCAUCUGUCUGGGUGAUAUUUCUGCAGAAAGCCACGUCUGUCCACCGUGUAGGAGUGGACGCAAAAAUCACACGAUGCUGCUACUGAUGAUGCGAGCGCAGUUCUAAUGGAACGAAUGAAUUCGCUUCAGAACGGCAGCGUCCUCCAUUGGAUCAUUUCACAAAUCUCACCAGGAGAAAAUCAAUGACCGGACAACACAAGACAUCCCAUAACAGGACGCGUCUAAAAAACUGACUGAACACAGCGGAGCCGUAGAUAGGGCCGACCUGAAUGAAACCGCGUCAAUAAGGACACUUCUCUGAGGCUUCUCUGGACCAAUAAGGUGGCAUGGCUGGCUUGUCGUUCUGUGGCAACAAUGUGACCAAGAAUGCCUACAAUGUGGAUACGGGGAUGUUGAACAAUGGCUGCUUCGUGGACGCCCUCAACCUGGUCCCUCACGUCUUCCUGCUCUUCAUCACCUUCCCCAUCCUCUUCAUUGGCUGGGGCAGUCAGAGCUCUAAGGUUCAGAUCCACCAUAACACCUGGCUCCACUUCCCUGGACACAACCUGCGCUGGAUCCUCACCUUCACUCUGCUGUUUGUCCACGUCUGUGAGAUCGCUGAGGGAAUCGUCUCCAACAAACAGAUGGACACCAACCACCUCCACCUCUUCAUGCCAGCGUUUAUGGGGUUCAUAGCAGCCACUACAUCUGUGGUGUACUACCACAACAUAGAAACCUCCAACUUCCCCAAACUACUGCUGGCUCUGUUUAUCUACUGGGUUCUGGCGUUCAUCACCAAGUCCAUCAAGCUGUGGAAGUUUGCAGAGUACGGUGUUGGAGUGCUGCACCUGCGGUUCUGUAUCACAGCCCUGCUGGUCGUUCUGUACGGACUCCUCAUGGCUGUAGAGAUCAACGUCAUCAGGGUCAGGAGGUACGUGUUCUUCGCCAACCCCCAGAAGGUAAAGCCUCCAGAGGACCUUCAGGACCUGGGAGUGAGGUUCCUCCAGCCCUUCGUCAACCUCCUCUCCAAGGCCACAUACUGGUGGAUGAACCCCCUGAUUAUAGGAGCCCAUAAAAGACCCAUUGAGCUGAAGAAGAUAGGCAAGCUCCCCAUCGCCAUGAGAGCCCUCACCAACUACCUGAAGCUCAAAGACGCCUACGAGGAUCAGAGGGUGAGUGGAGGAGGGAGCGACAGAGUUUCAUAUUCUACUUCUGACAGUGACAUACCAUUCAAUUGAUCCCCAGUGCAGUGACAUACCAUUCAAUGGAUCCCCAGUGCAGUGACAUACCAUUCAAUGGAUCCCCAGUGCAGUGACAUACCAUUCAAUGGAUCCCCAGUGCAGUGACAUACCAUUCAAUGGAUCCCCAGUGCAGUGACAUACCAUUCAAUGGAUCCCCAGUGCAGUGACAUACCAUUCAAUGGAUCC